AUGGCUGGCACAGCAGCAUGGCAUCUGAAUCCAUGUGACAUAAUCUGUUAUGACUUUAAGGUUUUCCGGCAUGGCGAUCGAUCACCUAUUGAGUCGUAUCCCAGGGAUCCUCACGGGGAGGAGGUGUGGGCUCAGGGCUUCGGACAGCUGACUGAGCUGGGCAUGAAACAACAGUUUGAGCUGGGCAGAUUUCUGAGGAGGCGUUACGGAAACUUUCUCAGUGAAGAUUACAACAACAAAGAGAUAUAUGUCCGGAGCACUGACUAUGACCGCACUCUGAUGAGUGCCCAGGCCUGCCUUGCUGGGAUGUUCACCCCAACCAGGCGCCCGCCUCCCAUCAUGCCCCAGUUACUGUGGCGGCCUAUUCCAGUGCACACCAUCCCCAGGGCCCAUGACAAGCUCCGUGUUGUUGUCUUGUUCACCUCAGCUGUGAACCUGCUGUUGAAGUCUCCAGGCAAAGACUGUCCAAGGUUCAGAGCGCUGAUGACGGAGACCUUUGAGAGUGCGCCCUACCAGAGGUUCCUCAGGGCUCACCAGAGGAUCCAUAACUUGACUCUACCACGCUGGGCCACCCAAGAUGUUCUGGACACCCUGAAGAGAGUGGCAUCAUUUGAGGUCAUGUACAGCAUCCUCAGUCACAAACGAAAAGAGAAGGCCAGGCUUUCGGGAGGGGUCUUACUGAAUGCCAUCCUGAGGAAUUUCUCCAGGGCCGUAGAGCAAGGGAGCACUCUCAAAUUCAUUAUGUACUCUGCUCACGACUCUACACUCAUCACCCUCCAGGCGGCUCUGGACGUGUACAACGGCCUUCUUCCCCCUUAUGCUGCCUGUCAACUCUUUGAGUUCUACCAGGAGAAUGAUGGUUCCUAUUCUCUGGAGCUGUAUUACCGCAAUGAGUCCUGGCGCGACCCCUACCCCAACCCUGUGCCAGGAUGCAAUGGGUUGAACCCGUGCCCUUUGCCAAUGUUUACCGAGCUAGUGCGGGACGUAGCAGCAGAAGACUGGGAGGUUGAGUGCGGGUUUAGGACACGAUGGUCAAGCACAGGUGUCAUAACAGCUCUUGCAGUGGCUGUGGGUCUCCUUGCAGUGGCGCUAUUGUUCAGCAUAGUAGUGGCAAUCCGCAGGAGGAGAGCGCACUACUCCAGGGAGGUGUAG